AUGAUAAUGAUAUCUUUGGAGAGGUCUCGAGCGGAUGGCGGUCUACUGUUGUUUGACGACAGACAAUCCCUUGGUAUUGGAGAUUUGUGCCGGUACAGGGUGACUGCCGAUAAAUCGCAGUUAGAGGAAAAGGGCAUUGACGUUGACCAUCUCUUUGUGAGGGUGAAGAAUGAGGAGAGUCCGUUACUGAGGCCUAUCUACUUGACGGGGCCGUAUGCUUGUUACGUUGACGUCAGGCCUCACAAGUAUGAUGAAGAUAGGAAGUUUGACUCGAGUGAAACAAUUCAGUUCACUAGUGAUUUGAGACCAAAUGAGCAUUUCAAGGCGAAAUUACAUUUGAACGAGAAUGCCAGGAUGGAAAGCGGUCUCUACUCGUGGAUUGUGGACGUGAUAUCUCAGGUGAGCGUGAGUGCGCUUCCUAAAGUGGAAUAUAGGCUUAGGAUUGGUACUACUAAGGCAGCGGCGAAACACGUUGCGGAAACGAGCACGAUGAAGGGGUUUACGGUGGAAAAGUGGGAUACGCAAUCCCUCUGGAACUUGCCGCCCAAGUAUCCCGAAAAGCCGGUGCAUUUGGUUAUCUUGACCCACGGAAUCUUCUCCAACAUCGGCUGCGACAUGCUUUAUAUGAAGGAUAAGAUCGAACAAAAAUGCUUUGCAAUGGAGGAAAGAAUCAACCCCAACGUCGUUCUAAGGGGCUGUAUGGAAAAUGUGGGUAAGUCAGCUAGGGGAGUGAGGUAUUUGGGGACUAGAGUGGGUCAGUAUGUCAUCGCUGAGAUUGAAAGGUUGAACGAAACUUACAAGGUGGACAAGAUCUCUUUUAUCGGUCAUUCGCUGGGAGGACCCGUGCAGGCCAUGGCCAUCCACUAUAUCGCCGUCAAGAGACCAGAUCUAUUCGAUCCGAAUACCGGGGUGAAGCCGAUAAAUUUCAUUGCGUUUGCCAGCCCAUUUUUGGGCGUCGUCGGCGAUUUCCCAAGGUAUGUUUCAUUGGCUUUGGACGUUGGGGCACUUGGCAUUACAGGCCGCGAUCUCACUCUUAGACACACACCGAUCUUUUCCAGAAACGGGCUGGGUGGGUCAAGGGGUCCUAGUCGUCUUCAUAAACUGAUACUAGAAGCUUUACCACAGAAACCUGCACUGGAGGUCCUACAGCGGCUCGUUCAUCGAACAGUUUACGCGAACGUUUUGCACGAUGGUAUUGUUCCUUUAAGAACUGCAGCGCUUUUGUACCUGGAUUGGAACAGUUUAUCAAAGGUUCACCAGAUUCGUAAGCAAAAAUCACUCGCUAUGAAGAAGGAUUCCUCUGAGGCGGGUCAAGCUCCUGAAUCUGCGGUAGUGUAUCCGAGUUCAUCUUUAGAUGAUAACCACAAUACUGCAUCCUCUGAAAUUGCCAGUACAGUCUUCAAUGAGCCAAGCGGGGUUGUCGAAAAUGGAGAGGAUGGGUUAGCUGAGAAUGAGGAGGAACCUCUUUGUGAGAGCGCUAACAGAAGCGGCAAUUCCAGCAGAGUGGAAAAGUCUGAGGAGCCCAGUGCUACCGGCGACAGCCAUAAAGAAAAGACCACCAUGGGGGAAAUUCCAGUGGAAAGUAUGGAUAAGAGAGCUGCUUUGCAGUGGCUUAUCCCCCAAGGCAUUUCUCAAGGGAAAAAGUAUAGCAAGUACAUGCGUACUCAGACGGUGGAUGUCAGUUCAGAAUCCUCUGAAAGCGAUACUGGCUUGGUCGGAACGCUGCAUGUCAAUCAAGAGGAAAAAAAGUUUGUACCACCGCCAGCGGCUUCCACCGUGAUGGCUGCAAUUUCAGUCAUCACUUCCCCGGUACCAACUCAAAAAUACAUCAAGGACCCGAGCCUGCGUACCGAUGCCAUAAUUCAUGAUAAGGUAUAUCACCCGGAUGAGCUGCCGCCGGCGCAUUAUAUGAAUAGGCCGUUUAUCAAGAAAGUGAUCUAUCCCAACGAAUCGAACAACAGACAUCAGGAGCGUAUAGCCAGAGCUUGGCAAGAAACCAUGACGUGGAGAAAGGUCCUGGUUGACCUAAAACCUGACUCGCAUAACAAUAUAUGUGUGAGAAGAAGGUUUACCAACUUAUUCGGCAAUGUAGUCGUACAUAACAUGGUCGAGACUCAUUUUGGCGUACAAGCUUGUGAGAAAUAUGCAACGUUAUAA